UUUUAGCGUUAUAUAAGACAAUACUUGGGGAAGAUGCAUCACACUCGUGUAAGUGCAACUUAAGUGCACUAUAGCCAAAAUGAAGCAAGUAAUUCUUCCACUGGCCCUCUUUGGCGUCUGCAUGUGCGCUCGCCUGGACAACACUCAGUAUCUUCCCCCUUCUCAGCGCCCUGCAGGUGGAAUUAGACCAGGAGCGGGUGGAUUCGGUGCAGGAGGUGCUGGCGGUGCUCCAGCCUUUGGAGGUGCCGCAAGGCCAUCUGGAGGUUUUGCAGGUCCUUCGGCAGGCGCCCCUGCCUUCGGUGGGGCCCCGGCUGGAGGAGCUGGAGGUUACAGUGGAGGAGGAGCUGGCGGAGCUGGUGGCGCUGGUGCAUACAGUGGAGGUGGAGGCCGGGCCGGAGCUGGCUCAGAAAUCCCCAUCAUCCGUUACGAGAACGUGAACAAUGGAGAUGGAACUUAUCAAUAUCUGUAUGAGACUGGCAAUGGAAUCAACGCUCAAGAGCAAGGAGAUGGUCGAGGAGAUGGCACUCAAGCUCAAGGAUCAUUCUCCUACACUGCUCCCGAUGGCCAGCAGAUCCAGAUCCAAUACACUGCAGAUGCAAACGGCUUCAACCCUCAAGGCGCCCAUAUUCCUACUCCACCACCAAUUCCUCCAGAGAUUCAGAGGUCUAUUGAGCAGAACUUGGCUGAUGAAGCCAGAGGUAUAGUCGACGAUGGAGCUUACAAGCCAGGUCCAGAUGAAGGAGGAGCAGGAGGAUACAGCGGCGGAGGCUACAGUGGAGGCGCUGGCGGAAGCUUCCCAGGAGCUGGUGGAGUAGGUGGAGGUUUUGGUGCAGGCAAAACUGCUUCUUUCGGAGGCGGACAAGCUCCGGCAGGAGCAUUCAGACCAUCGGGCGGUGCUGGAGGUUUCAGACCACAAGGAGGAGUUGGAGGGUUGGGAUCCGGGCAAGCUGCUGGCGGUGCCGGAUACAGAUAUUAAAUUUCGUAGAAGCGACUUUUAAACAAAAUUUACCAGCGAACAUUCAAUGCAUUGUAAAUGCAUCUUCUGUAUUCUCUUCACAUUUCAACUCGCUGAUGAAUUUUGUCGCAAAAAGCGCCCAUUGACCAGUAUUAUGUUGUUUUCAUUUUAAUUCACUGUACACCAAUGUGUUACGAUGUUGCAUGCCAUAAUUGUAGGAAAAAUGUUGAGCAAAUUUGAAAAGUUAAUCUAUAUAUGUAUGCUUUGUAUAUAAUAAUUGUAGGUGAAAAUAAAUUGUGCAUAGUUUCUGAUAAA